AUGAAAUUCACUAAUAUCAUAUCUUCCCUUUUAUUCAUCUUCACCUUCACCUUCACUCUCGUAUCUUCAAAUCAAACUCCCUUAUCUCAAUACAAAUUUAGUCCCUUUGACUCCCCUGAAUUUUGUUCUCAAAUUAUAACUCCAUCUUGUAAUACAACUUUCUCCUAUAUCGAUGAAUUAAAUAAAAAUUUAAGACCUUCCAUAUCUGAACUUGUUAAAACUUCAUAUUUUAAAUACUUCAAAAUCGAUUUAGAUAAACAAUGUAAAUUUUGGAAUGCUCAACAUUUCUGUGCUACCGAAAAUUGUGCAGUUGAAAUCUUACCUUCUAAUCAAUUCAAUUGGUCAGUCAUUCAUAAUGAGAAUUUAAAACCAAGUAAAUUAGGUAAAAUCAUCUUACCUGAUGUCACUGCUAUAGAUAAUGCCAUUGAAACUGAAUCAAUCGAUACUUGUGAAGAUUUAGAUUAUUCUCAUUUCGAUGAAGAUCAUGCUUGUGUUUAUGUUAAUCUUUUAAAAUCUCCUGAAAGAUUUACCGGUUAUGGUGGAGCUCAAUCAUUUGAUGUUUGGAAAGCUAUUUAUAGUGAAAAUUGUUUCCCAAAUACGAAUCCAAUGAGUAUGAGUCAUAUUGAUUCUGAACCAGAACAAUGUAUUGAAAAGAAUUUAUUCUAUAGAAUUGUAAGUGGUAUGCAUGCAUCUAUUGCUGUUCAUUUAUCAAAUGAAUAUUUAGAUGCUGAAACAGGAGAAUUUUAUCCAAAUUUAAAAGUUUUUAUGGAAAGGGUUGGUUCAUUUAAUGAAAGAUUAUCCAAUAUUUAUUUCAAUUAUGCUAUUAUAUCUCAAUCAAUUGUGAAAUUAGCUGAAAUCUUACCGUUAAAUCAAUUCAUUCAAUCAGGUUAUGAUGAUAUUUCUCCAACUCAAAAGGAACAUUUCUUACAUUCCAAAGAAACUGAAUCAGAAAAUAAAGAUAUUUAUAAUGAUUUAUUAUUAGAAGAUAUCAUUCCGGCUUUAAAUCAACAUCAAUUAUUCGAUACUUCAACUUUAUUCUCUGAAGAUCCCCUUUUAAAAGAUGAAUUCAGAGCAAGAUUUAAAAAUAUUAGUGCUAUAAUGGAUUGUGUGGGAUGUGAUAGAUGUAGAAUGUGGGGAAAAAUUCAAAUUAUUGGAUAUGGAACUGCCAUGAAGAUUUUAUUUGAAGAUGAUCAAGCUUUAAAUUUGAAAUUUAGAAGAAUUGAAUUAGUGGCAUUAUUAAAUACUUUUGAUAGAUUAUCCAAAUCAAUUGAAUCAAUUAAUAAAUUCAAAUCAAUGUAUUUAAAUCAUUUAAAUGAUGUUAAAUUAGGCAAAGCCAAAUUAGGAGAUUAUGAACAAAUUCAUAAAAAAGUCCAAGGUUUAGGAUUUCCCUUCUUCUCCACCCCAGAUCUUAAUGAAGAAGAAGAAGAAAAAGCUUCCGAUCCAAUCAUUUCAAAAUCAAGUACUACUACUACUACUACUACUAAAAAAUCAAAAUCAAUUCUUGAUCCAGUAGAAAAGGAAAAACUCCUUAACAGAAAACAAAGAACAUUCACCGAUGAAUUCAAAAUCGCUUUCAAUGACGUAUAUCAAGCCUUUAAAUUCGUUAUCAAUAGUUAUAUAACGUUCCCGGCCACCAUUACUAAAAUCAGUUUGAUCCAAUUAUCUCAUUGGUGGGAUGAACUCAUUGGUACUCCGAAAGUAUUCACUGAUUUCGAAAGUCCAAUCUCAAUUGAAAAUGAUAAAAAGGUGAAAGAACAAGAACAAUAUAAUAAAUUGUUUGAAUAA